ACGACGUGAGCAACACCGCAGCUCGCGCUCCACACUCUGAGGAUCUAUCUUAAUACUGUGCUCAUACUACUGCAGCAGAAGUGACUCCACCGUUGUGAAGCGUAACUCUAAGAGGCGAAAACCUGACGAGGAAAGAUGGCGGCGUCGGCCAGUCACCACACAGCAGGGGAGGAAGAAGUGUUCACGGCAGUAGAAUCCGGGGACUUGGAGCGCGUGCAGGAACUUCUCCAGGACACAGGGCCGGCCAUUAGAAGACAGAACACCAACUGUACGCUCCUCCACACUGCCGCCUCUUAUUGUCAACUGGAUAUAGUGUUGUUCCUCCUCAAGCUGAUCAGCCCCAAUAUAGUCAACAAGGACGGCCAAACACCAGCUCAUCUGGCUGCCGUGAGAGGCCACACUCAGUUGUUGAGGAUUUUAUUGUCAGACGAGGAAAUGAACCACGACAAACGGGACAACUGCCACAGGACUUACAAGGAUUUGCUCUCUGUACCACUGUAUGAGUUAGUGCUUCGUGACAUUCAAACCAAAGUACAAGAACUGCUGAAGCUUGGUGCUGACCCAGACUACAGCGUGGAGUCACUCGUGGACACAGUGUUGGAGCAUAAGGUCACCACACCCCGCCAGCUGGCCCUCGUCCUGCACCGGGAGGCCAUCCUCAGUUUAUUCCCCAAGGAGAGACGUGUAGAGAAAAGAACUACUACUACUACUACAGAUCUUAGCGUGUUGCACAGUUCAGAUGACGUGUACCACAUCACAAGUGACCACGAGUCAUUGAAAUCGAGGGUGAAGCCUUCAUCAGUUCAAGCAACAGGACCAGACGUGUACAAGAUGAACACAGACCCGAGAGGAUACGUGUGUAUUCUGAGCUACUGCUCCUUCAAGGACCGACCUGACUUAGACCUCGAGGGCUCACGCUCUGAUGUCAACAACCUGGCAAGCGUCUUCGGGAAAAUGGGAUACACUGGCCACGCCCACUUCUCCUUGACGGCAGCUCAGACCAAACAAGUGUUGACCAAAGUAAGGGACAUGGAGGUACUGGACCACGUUGGAUGUGCUGUUUUCAUUAUUUCUAGUCACGGCAUUGGAAACGAAAAGUUCCUUACUAAUGACAUGAAGCGUUUAGCCACCGAGUGGGUUUGUGAUCUGUUUAAGGAUUCGGAAUGUCCCCGAUUAAAAAACAAACCCAAGCUGUUUAUCUUCGACUUCUGUUGUGGUUACUACCAGAAUGAAAGUCCUCGACAAGUGAGCACAGCCAGGAGUACAAGGGUGCGAGAGCCUCUCCAAGAUAUGAUGUGUCUGUACUCAAGCAGUGGAGACUUCACAUCAUACACCUAUACCAAAGAGGGGACUCCCUUUAUCACAGCCCUGUGUCGCACCCUGGUGCAGCAGGCCCACGACAAGGAGCUGUGUGACUGGUACAGAGAAUUCCUCAAGGAGUACAACAAACUGUCCCCAACUAGUGCACCACAGCUCUGUAACUUUGGCUUUACAAAGAAGUUUUAUUUCAACCCUAAAUGUUAAGAGAAUCAAGUUUAAUGAUUGUUAACAUAACGUUUACAGUCAAGGACUUGAGUCAGUUCCUCUUAUUUUGUGAUAAUCUCUUAUAAAGUAAAAUAUGGAAAUAUUUGGAUGUACAGUACUGGUCUCCGGGAGGCACAGUAAUUAACGCACUGUAGAAGUUUUGGCAAAUGAUGUGAACAAUCUGGCAUAUUAUUAGAAGGUAAUAUAGAUGAACAUUAUAUUAUGAGAAAAAUGUAUUAGUGAAAAUCAUGACAAAAUUAUUUCAUAUAAUUGUACAGUAUUUGAAAGGUGAAUAAUAAACGAUUACUGGAUACGUGGUUUUGUAUUGCGAAAUACUGUGCAGUAUAUUGUACUAACACAAUAUAUUUUCAACGGUUAUGUUAAUAAACCAGAAAUAUAAGAACAUA